AUGCAACCAACUAUAGAAGAAAGCUUUGUGAGAUAUGUCAAGGAGUAUCAAGAAAUGUGCGGUAGUUAUGUGCAUGUCUACCAAAAACCACCUACUCCACUAGAGUUCUUACGGACCAGCGUACAUCCCAAUCGUCCCGCUAUUAUCAAAGGGGCAUUUGAUGACUGGCCGGCUCGGACCAAAUGGACCAACCAAUACCUGCGUUCAACUAUGGGCAAAGUACCUAUUACUGUUGCGAUCACCCCUAACGGAUACGCAGAUGCAGUGACUCUUGAUAAAAUCACCGGGAAAGAGUAUUUUGCUAUGCCUUAUGAAAAGGUCAUGCCUUUCGAUAGAUUUAUUGACACCAUAGAAGGCAAAGAGAAUAGCCCAAACAAGCAUUAUAUAUCUCUACAGAAUGGAAGUUUACCAGCAGAGUUUUCACCUCUAGAGAAAGAUGUAGCACCGCAUAUUGACUGGUGCAGCGAAGCCCUUGGCAAGCAACCAGACGCAGUUAAUUUCUGGUUUGGUGAUAGUGGAAGCACUACCUCACUUCACAAGGACCCUUAUGAGAAUUGUUAUGCUGUGAUUCGUGGUGAAAAGACGUUUGUACUCUUUCCACCUUCCGAGUACUAUUGUAUGCAUGAAUCCAUAUAUCCCGGUGCUGUUUAUGAACCAAACUCUACGACCGGAAGCCUAGAGUUGGUCCCUAUACAUCCUCCCACUAAGACACCAUGGAUCCCAGUCGAUCCUCUCUCACCGGAUUACACCAGAUUUCCGCGUUUCAGACAUGCCAAACCCUUGAUAAUUACUGUACAGGAAGGAGAUAUGCUUUAUCUACCAGCUCUCUGGUUCCAUCAUGUUCUUCAAAAUGGUGACCAAGGCGUUAUUGCAAUCAACUAUUGGUAUGAUAUGGAGUACACAAAUUCUCUCUUCCCUACAAUGGGACUCUUCCGUGACUUGGUUGCAGGUGUACUGGACGGUACUAAUCUUCACUCAAGCGACAGUGAUAAAAACAGUGAUAGCGAAUAA